UCGGUCUCGUUGCUCGGUUAUUUUUCUCUCACACUGGAUUACAGCUCAUCUCAUCGAGUUUGUCUGCAGGGAGGUGUGGCGUCCACUAACCUAAGCACGGACGUUUCGAAUUCAUAAAUCCCUUCCCCGAUCAUUUAGGACUAAUAAGAACAAAGGAACGGAGGAUUUCCACCGUGGGAAUGACGGAACCGCAGAGCCAAAGAUUGGCAGCAAUCUCGGUCAGUGACUGACAUCAAACAUAGGAAAUACAUUUGAAAACGGACUGGCAUUGAGAGCCGCCUGGACACUGUCUCUCUUAUCUCUGAAGGAUUCUCAGGAUUGUGGCGUCCAUUCACGUAGUUUUGAUGUAUCCAAACAAUAGGCAGUUUGGAGAGGAGGGGAAGUAGGGGCUAUCUGGUCUGAAAUUCACUCUUCUCUUGUGUUUACCAGCCACCCAACAGUGCAUAGGAAAGCUAAAGUCCUGUGUUAUACUACUAGAUAUGAGAGCUGUGCAAUUCUAAUGGCGCAGGCUCCAAACAAUUAGAUCUUUUUUGACCCAUUUUGAUUAAAGCCGGCUUUUCUCUAGGGACUACAGUCACUUUAAACACCAACACGUCGCUUUUAAACGGGUCCAUGUAUAUCACGAUGGACGAAGAACGCUAAAUAUUUUUUUAUUUACGAAUGCAGGGAAAAGCAUCGUGUCCGUUUGUAAUCCUAAUGACACUGUUAAAAUCCGGACGCAAGGAUUGAACUUCCUGAUUUGGUUCCUCUCGGCUGUUCUGGUGUGGUACUAUCAUAAUUGAUUAUGGCUGCCGUUGUGAACUACUCUCCACCGUGGUGGGUUAACCUGCUGCAUAGACUGCCUCAUUUUAAUCUGCAAUUUGAACAAACCAGUAGUGAUUUUCGCCCUGAGGACUCCUCAUAUCAGCAGUCCAUCCUGCUACUGGGCGGCAUAGCUUUGGCAUGCUUGGCUCUGGACCUCCUCUUCCUCCUCUUCUACUCGUGCUGGCUGUGCUGCCGCCGCAAGAAGAGCGAAGAGCAGCCCAAUGCAGACUGCUGCUGCACUGCCUGGUGCGUCAUCAUUGCCACCCUCGUCUGCAGCGCCGGCAUUGCUGUUGGUUUCUACGGGAACGGUGAGACCUGCGAUGGGGUUAAUCGGCUCACAUACGCCCUCCGUCAUGCCAACCGCACAGUGGCAGGAGUGCAACGACUGGUAUCAGAGAGUACGUCAGCUCAGAGCGAGACUGUGGAUGAGAACCUCCGGCUACUGAAGGACCAUUAUGCAAAACACACAGACUAUCUGUCCAUCAUACAGAAACUGCAAGAUCAGCGGGGAGAGCUGGUCCGUCAGAUGACCGACAUUCCUUUUUGGAAUGAUCUCAGCAUUUCUCUAGAGGAUCUGGCAACCAAGAUUGAAUUAUAUGACUGGUACAGGUGGUUGGGCUACUUGGGUCUACUGCUGUUUGAUGUGCUUAUUUGCUUGCUGGUGCUCUUCGGUCUCAUCCGGAACUCCAAAGGAAAUCUAAUUGGGGUGUGUAUUCUGGGUGUGCUUGCACUGGUAAUCAGCUGGGGCUCUCUGGGUCUGGAACUGUCUGUCUCAUUGGGCUUCAGUGACUUCUGUGCAACACCUGAUAUGUACAUUUCCAAGGUGACGGAGCAGUACACACUUAUCAAGAAAGAUAUUUUGCAGUAUUAUCUUGCAUGCAGCGUGGGUCAGGUCAACCCCUUCCAACAGAAGCUGUCUGGAGGUCACAAAGCACUGGUGGAGAUGCAGGAUGAUGUGUCAGAACUACUGCGCUCUGCAGUCCGAGAGUACCCCAAAACAAAGGGUAACCUUGAGCAAAUUCAGGGGGCUUUAAACAACACAGAAGUUGGACUGCACCAACUCACUGCGCUUGUGGACUGCCGCAGUUUGCACAUGGAUUAUGUUCAGGCAUUGACUGGUGUGUGUUAUGAUGGUCUGGAAGGACUGAUCUACCUGGUGCUGUUCUCCUUCAUCACAGCCCUCAUGUUCACCUCUGUGGUCUGCAUUGUGCCACACACGUGGCACGCCAAAAGGCCUGAAGAGGACCAUGAGGAAGAGUCCCUGGCUCAUGGAGGUAGGCAGAAUCAUGACAACCUGUACCGAGUGCACAUGCCCAGUCUCUACAGCUGCGGCAGCAGCUACGGCAGUGAGACCAGCAUCCCUGCAGGAGCACACACUGUCAGCAACGCUCCAGUUACUGAGUAUAUGACUCAGAAUCCAAACUUCCAGAACCCUCGCUGUGAGAACACUCCUCUCAUUGGCAGAGAAUCUCCUCCCCCCUCCUACACAUCCAGCAUGAGGGCCAAAUACCUGGCCAACACCCGGCCCGACCCCAACACCAGCGCAUCAGCAAACUAGUUGGACACUGUAUCCUCUCCCCAUCAGCCAAGUCCAGUCUACAUUUCACACAUUAUCACACACACAUCCUUUUGCCUGUUCCCACAGCCUCAGUCAAGUUUCGCCCCAGGCCCACCCAUCCAGCCACUUAAAAUAGAGAGCGAUGUUGAUCUUUGAUGUGUGCUCUCCAGCCCAGCUGAUAAAGGACGUCCUUGCAUCAUGUAAAUACUGCUGUCACCAGAAUGUUCCAGAGGCCUCUUGUUUCCAGAUGGCCGGAUUCAGCCAGAGUUCAGGCAGCUAGUUCAGCAAGGCCGCAGUAGAUGGUUCAGUCAUAGCUUUGAGUGGUUGUGUAUGAGUAUCUGUAAUGAGUGUAAACUUCCCAUUACCUAGAGACAUACUGAGUGAUGUGUGUAUACAUGUGUUGAUCUCAUGCUGCCCUUGCUCUUUUGUGGUGCUCUUGCCAGAGGUUCAGAAUUGAAGAACUCGACGAGGAUGUGUGCCCUCAGCUCGACAUUCCUGCAUGGCCUCUGUCCUCCUGUGACCUCCUCCAUAUGCAGGAACUACUGCCACACCAGGUCUAUCAUUAGGACACUAUCUAAGUUGAAUAGCAUUUGAAAUUUAGCGGUGCUUUCCACAGAAUUCAAUAAUCAUGUUCCUUUGGUUUGUGUUAAAAUAGCGGUUUUCAAUGUAGCUAUUUUAAUGAAACUGCCACCACUGGAGUGAGAUGGGCCAAUGUUAUGUGAGUUUAAGGCCAGAAACACACUUUAAACUCUAAUGCCCCCUAGAAACACACUUUAAAUAAAACGCAGAUGUGAAUACUCGGCCAACGCAUUGCCAACACACAGUUUUUGUACAUACUCACAGUGCGCUUUUGCUUUACUCUAGUGGAAAAAAAACUUCAGCACUCUAGGGGGCAUUAGAGUUACCUUCCAAUGUCUGUGCCGUUGAGGCACUUUCCCCUGCUAAUAUAUGGAAAUCAGCGAUUGUAACAUUCUUUCAAAUGUAUCCUGUGUUCCGCAGAAUGUGUUCAGAACGACAUGAAAGUAAGACGACAUCCACACUAAUCCAUUUACAUUUGAAACCUGCAUGAUAAGAAACCCAAUGUCAUACAUUUCCAAAGUAUGCAGUUAUGGAGAAUGUUUUUGAAAGUCUUUUCCAUUUCAUUUUUGAUGAGAGGCGUAAAUGUAGAGAAAUUGAUGCGUUUUCAAACGAAAAUGGAUUGGAGCGUACGUGGCAUUAAUAAUGAUUUAAUUUUCAUUUUGGUGCUGAGCAAGACACCAAAUUUUUGACUAGAAAAAGAAAAGAAUAAAACCAUACUACAUAAACCAUGUAAAAUUAUAGAAGCAGACAGUUUACCUUAAUUCCCGCUAUAGCACCCCUUGUGGUAACACUGAGAAUGCCAAGCUAACUUGAAUUGUUAAUUGUGGUCUGACACAUUCCAGAAUGCAAUGACACAAGUCGUGCUUGCUACACUAGACGCAUUUGUAUUCUCAUAUUUGUGUAGAGAAUGUUUCAGGCCUAAUCUGUAGCAUAAGCUGAUUUUAAGGAAAGGAAUGGUUUGAAUUCUAUUAUCUAAUUUCAGACUUGCGUUUUAGGAAUGGGAAGUUAUGGUUAAUAAUUGCUGUGUAGCUAUUGAAACGCGCUUUGCCGAAUGUUACACACAUGGACUACAUUAAACAAACCACUACAGUAUGCCUCACAUUCAAUCAAGUUAUAUCCACUGCCAAUCCUGGAAAUCUUGGAGAUACAGAGCUGGAUAAACCAGCCUUUCACAAAGAGUGUUGAGUAACCAACAUCUGGACUUUCAUAGCAGCUGGUUCUGACAACCUUCAAUGAUCUGCACAACCUCAAACUGGCAUUGGCCUCAACCCAUUCCUCCUCUUCUUUUAUCUGAAUUUCCCAACCCUAAUGAACCGUAGGAGGUCACUUUGUCUUAUGCUGAGACCUUAUCUAAACAUUACAAUUGUCUUCAUACUGUCCAAACAUGGUGCCAUGGGUACCAGCUCUGACAAUAUGUCAAUGCUUAUCUGUUCCAUUAAUCUUGCAUAUGACUGCUGAGCUACUCGAGUGGCCAUGUUGCCACUGGACAGAUGUCCUGAAGAGUUAAAUGUAAUGUACACAAAUGUAAACUGGACAUAUGGACAUUCAUUUUGCUGUUCAGUUGACUACUUCGACAGAAGACACAGGAAGUGUGUCAUCUUUAGUGGUAUCUUAUUUUUCCUCAGCAAACAAAAGAGAGACUUCUGUUGAAACCUCAGUAACUCAUUCUGAAAUUCAGUAGGACUUUCAAAAGCCCACAAUUUCCUGGGCUCACUGGUUCUCUGCAGCAAUGUUGGGGAAAAAUUACCAAAUUUGAUGUGCCGCCACUGAUUAUAUUUCCAUUUAUGACAGCACAGGCAUAUAUAAAACCAGGCGAACAACUGGCAUCUGAUCAAGGUUGCAGCUGGAACAAGGAGUAUUUUCUCUUCCCCUUCUCCUCAAAAGACCUCUCAGAUGUUAUGAACUGAAUCCAAAUUAGCUUUUCUCCUUUCAUAUGGAGAUGCCAGUGUUCUCAAGCAAUGGGCAGCGUGCCAAUCACCUUCCAUACCUCAGGGGUUGUUUUGACAUGCGUCCUUAUACUGCCAAUGUCUCAUUUUAAGGACACUGGUCAUGUCCUUACCAUUUUAAAAGAGCUACAUGAUCUAAAAUAUUCAGUUUACAAGCUGGAAUGGAUGCAUGCAUGUUGUGUAAGCGCAGACGGACUAAUAACAAAUGCCACUAAUCACAUUUAUGGCCCUGUCCUAAGUGCCACUGUAAGCCCUUAGGGUCGUCCUCUGGAUCCAAACUUUGGUGACAUAAUGCAACCUAGACUUUGUGAGUAUCCUUCAGAAUCAUAAUAAAUGGCAAAUGGGGCACUCUCCGAUCUCGUUGACUUCACAGAUUUGCAUAAGUACCAUUUGGGACAGGGCUGCAAGACUUUUAUGAAAACAAGCAAGAACUUCACUGGAAAGGGAAUUAAAGGGAUGUAUUACAGCUAUAAGCAAACAGAGCCUUGGAUUGUGUGUGAUUUAGCUCAUACCUGAAAAAUCUGUCGCUUAUUGGACAACAACUGAUACUGUAAAGCAGUUUUCAAAGGCAUGUUCAUCCUUUUCAAUGUGGAGUCGAUUCAUGUUGCGUGCUACUGACGCUUGAAUUGGUUUCUUGAUCGAUGCUUUUGUGAUCAAUAAUGAGGUCUGUUUCUUCAACUGUGCCAAUAACCAACAACUUUGUACCUUUAAAUCUUCUAAAUGUCUUGCAUCCUUCAAAAUGUGGACUUUUUAUCAUGAGCUCUGUGGCAUGAGCAGCCAAAUGAGACGCCUGUGAACAUGAACCUGACGUCAUGGGAGUGGUAAUAGUAUUUUACUCGUAAAUAACCAUGUUAGUGAUGAUGCAAUCUCGGUUUUUAUGUCAACAUUCACUUUUGGGUAAUGUCAUACUGCUACACUGAUGUAUAUACACUAUAUAAAACAAAUGUUUGCAAGAAAAUGACCUGUGUCAAGGACAUGGAUUUGAAAUAUCAUAGUACAUUCAUUUUUAAUGACGUUUUUAUUUGGAUUUCAUAGUCCCUGUGGCAUAUAGACAUUUGUAGACAUUUUUAGCAAGCACAGAAAUGUUUUGUUCCCUUUCAUGUAAAAACAUGAUUUUGGUCUUUUAUCAAGAGGUUUUGAUAUGACUUCAGUGUAGGGGUAUCCUUUUUUUCUUCUUUUUUUCUGGCAAUUACUAAAAAAUUGUAUAUGGACAACCUGUGGUUUUGAGCUUGUACUCCAUGUUUUCAGAUUAAACUUUAACAUA